CCUCUCCACACACUUGACUCAAGAAAACAGCAGCAGCAGCAGGAGGAGGAGAGUAACAUUUAUCACAAAAGUGCGUCUCCACUGUCUCCUUGUACCAGCACAGAGAGUUGCCCAGAGCUGACGAGUGAGCGUCUCGGACGGGUCGGGGUGCACGUCGCCUACUUCACCCCAAGGGGGCUCGCCUGCUCGCCCAGCGGCCGCUUUAAUACGCGCUCUCUGAUCAAACCCGAGCAGUCGGCGCAGCACGCCAGUGCCUACACUCAACUUUCUUCUGGGAUUUGCUUUACCGUGAAUGGGAGCCAAGAUGGAUGUAAUGCUCAGGAUUGCGUUUCUGUCCGCGCUUUACCUAAGAGCGACAGGAGACUUUGACGGCAGGUGGCCUAGACAGUUGGCUUCUUCAAAUGGAUUGUGCCGCUACGGAGCUCGAAUCGACUGCUGCUGGGGAUGGACAAGACGGUCCUGGGGCCAGUGUCAGCCUCUCUUCGUCCUAACGCACAGAGUAGUCGGGAUAAAGUGCCAGCCCCAAGCACUGUGCCAGCCAGGUUGCAAACAUGGGGAAUGCGUUGGACCAAAUAAGUGCAAGUGCUACCCGGGAUACACUGGCAAAACCUGCAAUCAGGAUGAAUGGGAGUAUGCCACCCCUCCACUGUGGGACACUUUUCCUCCUCUCUUUCUCCCUGUGGAUCCUCCACCACCAGCAGGUGCCCCUGCAGCGGAUUUCAAUGAGUGUGGACUGAAGCCGCGACCCUGUAAACACAGGUGUAUGAACACCUAUGGGAGCUACAAAUGCUACUGCUUGAAUGGCUACAUGCUCAUGCCUGAUGGAACAUGUGGAAAUGCCCGCUCCUGUUCCAUGGCAAACUGUCAGUAUGGUUGUGAUGUGGUGAAGGGAGAAGUGCGCUGUCGCUGUCCUUCGCCAGGACUGCAGCUGGGUCCUGAUGGCAGGACCUGUGUGGAUGUGGAUGAGUGUGCAAUGGGAACAGCAGUGUGCCCCAGAUUUCGUAAGUGCAUCAACACCUUUGGAAGCUACAUCUGCAAAUGCCACGAGGGGUUUGACCUCCAGUAUGUCAAUGGCAAAUACCAGUGCAUAGAUGUGAAUGAGUGCCUGUCCUCCCAGCAUAAGUGCAGUGCCUUUGCCGCCUGCUAUAACACACCAGGCUCAUAUAAAUGCAAAUGUAAGGGAGGAUUCAGGGGAACAGGCUUUGACUGCAAACCCAUACCUAAGGUCAACAUAGAUCCAUACCUUCCCUUUAAAAACAACAAACCCAAUAACACAAAUAAAAUUCCGGAUUCCGAUAGUAAAAGAAAAUUCACCACUCCACAUUCACCGAUAACAAGUAAAAAACCUGCAACUACUCCUGCAAAGCCAGCCACUACUAUCACCACGAAAGUAAUCCGUCCUGCAGCCCUCACAACGAAAAAAAUGGAGCUGACUCCCCUGCCUACCACCAGCCCACCGGAGGUCAGUACUGUGGAUAACAGGAUACAGAAGGAGGUCACUCCGAAACAGAGAGGGGAUGUCCACAUUCCUCGGAGGCCAAAUGGAAACAACAUAAUUGGCAAAAUUGACAUUGAGUUGGGGAACACGGCAGAAGAUGAGGAGCAGGUCAAGGAUGAUUCAGAUGUUCUUAUUCACAGCUGUAAUUUUGACCAUGGUCUGUGUGGAUGGAUGAGAAACACUGAAGGGGAUUUGGACUGGGAGACCAUCACAAGUUCCUCAGGCGGCAAGUACUUAACCAUUCCGGACAUUAGGGGUAAACGAGGUGGCAGAGUGGCACUGCUGGUCCUGCCUUUAACAGAGCUGGAAUAUGAAAGUGACCUGUGCCUCUCAUUCAGCCACAAACUCUUGGGCCACAACGCUGGCACCCUGCAGGUGUACGUGAAGAGGAAUGGAGCACUUGGUCCAGCAGUGUGGGGACGAACGAGUGGGAAUGGCUGGAGGCAAACACAGAUCACACUGUCGGGGACUAGCCUUCAGAGUGUCAUAUUUAAAGGUGAAAGAGGCAAGGAGAGGAUGGGUGAAGUUGGCCUUGAUGACAUUAACUUGAGGAAAGGCACUUGCUCUGAUAAACAUCUGCGAAGGCAUUAACAAAGUCCGAGAAAACUGGAAAGGACUCUAUUUAGGAGGAAACCAUCCCCACUUUCCUUCUUUACGGGGAUGUCUACCUGAGAACAUUGGCCCUUACCAGAGCAGUUCCAGUAACUGGGAAAUUCUCUAACAGCAAAGACAGACCCACAAGGCUUUGGAGUCGUUUUUGGAUCUUCCUUUGCCUUCAGUUUUCCAGGUGAACCUGAGAGAUCCCUUCAUAAUGAAGCCGUGUACACGUGUGUGAUGUAUCCGUGUCAGACAAAUCGCAUUGUAUGCUUUUCAUAUCUGAUUCUCUUAUUUACUUUGUUGUUAAAAUGCAGUAUAUCCCUGUCUAAAGCUCAAAUUUAUUUAAAUGUUUUCUGUAGAAACUUCUCCAGUACAUUUCAUUUUUAUGUCCUGCCAUUAAUUUAAUAUGUUAAAUGUUGACGAUAAAAUGAAAUUCAUUUUAAAAAUACUGCCAGUUUUAAAAUGUGGACUGUAUGUACCGGGCCGCCAGGAGUCACAAACGUAAAGGUACCACUACCACCAUUUCUCAGUUUGUUUGGUCUGUGUUAAUUGGAGGAAGUCUCUUAAACUUAAAACAGUUUUUAUGUUUUAAUAAUUUUUAUUGAAAUUUCUAGUUCUAUUCAUCCUCCUAGAAUGGCUAUGACCACACUGCUAUUCAAAAAACGACACCAGCGACAAUAGCUGCUAUUUGUUUUUGUCAUGUUGGUAUUUUUUUUUAUAGUCUAAUCUAUUAUUUACCAUUUAAUUUGGUCUAAUUAAUUAUAUUUGUUAGCAUGCAAAUUGAGGUAUUAAUUGCUUUUGUUUGAAGGGCCAACCAGAUUGCAUCAUUUGACAGAGAGAGUUUCACGGUGAAAACUUGGAGUGCAUUUAACUGCAUCAAGGAGACUAGAAAUGCUGACGUAUUCAGAGAGAUCAAAAUGCUUUUCAGACACUAUUGGUGGUAUUGUUUUCCCAUUUAUAUAUAUAUAUAUAUAUAUAAUAUAUAUAUUUACGGUAUAUAUAUAUAUAUUACCCCUUCAAUGACUUUAGUCAAUCGGUAAGCUAGCAUAUGAUACAUCUUAACUACCAUUAAACGGACUGAAGAGGAUCGAAUGAGUUAAGAAAUAAUUUGACUCGUGUUCGGGAUCAUCUUGACUAAGGUGUGCAAAUGUAAAACGUGUUAUAUUUCAUUGGUUAUUUUCACUAUAAGUGCCUAAUCAAAACUAGUUUCACAAUUUCAAAACAAAUAAAUGCUAUAAAAAUAUAGGAAAUAAUUGACUAUGUAGUUAUUUUGGAUAAGAUUACAAAAGAGUUACUUACUUAGUAAUAUAAAAUGUAUUUAAUCGAUAAGCUGAUCGAACCAACUUAUUUUCACGUUAUACCGCAAUAUUUAUACUCAUGAUGAUUUAUGUUAAAUACCUUGUGCUUUUAAUCCCAUUUCAUUCCCAGUAAUGAUCCCCAAAUUCCAGACUUUUCAGCUUUUACUGCUCCAAUACACUGAUGUUGCCUCAGAGUGUCCUGUUUAAUUCUGGUCACAUGGCUAUGAAGCGUCCUCUUAAAACUGCGAAAAAUCAGUUCAGAAUCCACAACAAGGUAGCAACAAAAUCUUUGUGUUUCCUUCUAUCCAAGAAAUUGUUUAUUUUGUUUACUCUUCAACAUUACUUGCUUUUAUCGGCUCAGGGUGGAGGUGGCUUUGAGGCUAAGGAUCUGCACUGGUAGCUGGAAGGCUGUCUGCUCAAGUCCCCUUACUGCCAGAACAGAUCCUACUCUGUUGGGCCCUUGAGCAAGCCCCUUAACCUGAACAAUUGUUCCAGGGGCACUGUACAAUGGCUGACCCCCAAAUGUCAUGCGAAAAGACAAUUCUUAGUGGGCAAAUUGAGAAAGUUUGACCACCCCAUUCUUUUACAUAUGUCUAAUUACUUUUAACCAAUUUUACAAGUACUGUAGUAGUUUGUUGGCAGCAGUCUGAGCUGUCGGGGACACGAGGAGUACAAACACAGGUAUCGCACUUUCAGACUAGCAGUCACUAGCGUACACCUCUGUGUUACAAUAAAGGAGAUACUUGAAUGGCAUUUUUCACAAAAUUAUGCAUAAUUAAAGUGUAUGUAUUUGAAGACUAUGUUAAAAAAUUGAAUAAAAGUAUUAUGUCAAACCCUGCUAGUGUAAAUGCUGGAAGAUGAUAAAUCUGCACAAAAUAUUUGGUCACCAUUACUAGAACCAACUUCCCAGAGCGCUGCAUGCAGUUGUUCUGGGGCAAAACUAAACACGUACCAGUUUUCCAAACUUUAAACGAGAAUUGUUUCCAACAAACCAAUCCUGCUUUUCAUUUGCAAAGGAGUUUAAGCAGCAUAAAGAGAGGCCGCGAUUUUUCAUAGUUUGCCUUUUUAACUCCGUAUGUGCGCAUAAAGAGCACAGAGUUCCCCGUGCACUCACACUGCUUCUCCGCAUUCCCAAAGACGCAGGCCAAGUGGACGGCCAUACUGUCCACGAAGACCGAGACGAGUCCUGCGUUGUGCAAGCCCAGCCUCCCGACAGCACAGCAUGUAUUCAGGGAAUGAGAUGCAUUUUGUUGAGUACUUGAAAAAUGGGUGUUCAUGUCUAGAAUUGUGUUCCAAAACCUGCUUUUUGUACUGUAUACUGUAUGUCUACAAUUGUAAAUAUAUCAUAUGCAAAUAAACAUUAUUGAGUAA